AUGGCGCCCUCGGACAAAGUUGCAGAGCAGCUCGCCGAGGCCCGCUCUGCCUCUGACCAGCCCGCCGCCUUCGUGGCCAUCAUCGCCGACAUCAAGAACCUUUCCUCUCCGACCACGAUAACAGGCGACCUCAAGGCCAUCCUCGAUGGCCUCUUCGACUCUUCUCUCGGCAUCGUCACCACAAGAGCCCUCCUCCAGUCCUUCCUCGCCACCCUCAAAGGUCUCGCGAACCAUGACAUGUGGAAAGAUGUCGGCGCCCAUCUGCUCCACCUCUUCACGACCCAGCAGCCCUCAUCCUACCUCUCCGAGACGGCCCAGAUUCGCGACCUCAUGGCCACGGCCCACGAGGCCAACGAAGACUUCCUAGAGGCGGCCAAGUGCCUCGCCGAGAUGCCCCUCGACUCCUCCCAACGCAAGGUCUCGCACGCCGACCGCGCCCGCGUCUGGAUCCGCAUCGCCCGCAACUACCUCGAGGUCGACGACACGACGGCCGCCGAGACGUACGUCAACAAGCUCAAGAACAUCAUGCACGACGUGGCCGACGAGAAGCCCCACGACGCCCGCGACCUCGACCUCCACUUCCGCCUCAGCCAGGCCCGCGUCUACGACGCCAAGCGCGACUUCCUCAACGCCGGCGCCCGCUACCACGACAUCAGCCUGUCGCCCGCCAUUGCCGAGGACGAGCGCCUGCACACCCUGAGCAUGGCCGUCAAGUGUGCCAUCCUGGCCCCCGCCGGCCCCCUGCGCGCCCGCACCCUCGGCCGCCUCUACAAGGACGAGCGCGCCGCCGCCCUCGACGAGUUCGGCAUCCUCGAGAAGAUUCACUUUGACCGCCUGCUGAGCCGCGACGAGGUCGACAAGUUCGCCCAGGGCCUGCAGCCCCACCAGCUCGCCACCACGGCCGACGGCUCCACCGUCCUCGCGCGCGCCGUCGUCGAGCACAACCUCCUCGGCGCCUCGCGCCUCUACGCCAACAUUGGCAUCGACGCCCUCGGCGUCCUGCUCGGCCUCGACGCCGACAAGGCCGAGGAGACGACGGCCCGCAUGAUUGAGCAGGGCCGCCUCGUCGGCCGCAUCGACCAGAUGGACCGCAUCAUCUGGUUCGAGCGCGGCGAGGCCUCGGGCCAAAAGGGCAGCGGCCGCGCCGAGGUCGUCGUCGGCAAGCAGAUGCGCCAGUGGGACGCCAACAUUCAGAGCGUCGCCGAGGAGGUCGAGAACGUCACCAAUGCCCUGCAAAAGGAGUUUCCUGACUUUGUGGCCAAGAACCUCCUCGUGUGA